CUUCACUUGGCCAUUCCAAGAUAUGGUGGCAGGCGACAAGCCCGACGAGUCGGUAACGGAGCUUCAGAUAAUUGGUGCAGGGAUGCCUCGAACUGGGACGGCUUUGUUGCACGCAGCACUCAUGAUCCUUGGAUUCGGACCAUGUCAUCAUGGAUCUACUCUUCCCACAUGUCCUGAGCGCAGCAUCAUGUAUCUUCAUACCGUCGGCAGCAAAUCGACGGACUUCCGGUCACUGAUGUCAGGUUUUCGUGCGACAGUUGACAGUCCCGGGUGCGAUUUUGUCCCAGAACUGAUGGCCGCGUUUCCCAAUGCGAAGGUUGUCCUUUCUCUGCGCGAUUCACCCAACGCCUGGUGGAAGUCGUUCAGUGAGACGGUAUAUGAAACGUCAUUCCCGUCGUAUCAACUACUGGUGUAUCCCAUCCCAUUCAUGCGCUACCAGUUCCGCGUCGUCACCGCGCUUCUCAACAAGAAAUGGUUGCCCCGGUACGGGGUCAAGGCUGGGCCCGAGGUGUACGUCCGCCACAACGAGUUCAUCCGGAAGAUUGUACCACCCGAGCGACUCCUCGAGUUUAACGUCAAGGAAGGUUGGGAGCCUCUGUGCAAGUUCCUGGGCGUGCCCGUACCCGACGUACCUUUCCCACAUACGAACGAUUCGGCCACAGUGAAGGCCAAUAUUCGUAUGGCUAAACUCAUGGGUCUUGCCUGCUGGAUUGGAAUCCUCACGGUGGCAGGCGGAGCGUAUUACUGGGGCGUGAAUGAGGGAGGUUGGAAAGCGGUGGCUGGUUUCAUUGGCAAGUUCCUCUAA